AUGGCUGUAUUUUCUCCUCCAAAGUCAUCCACGGAUUCGGCUACACGCCGUUAUCUGCUUGUCUUGUUUCUUCCCCAAACCAAGCCCUGGGGAGUCGUCGCUGGCACAUGGUUCGCCGCAAGCACUGCACCACCAUUGGGACAGGCCAUGACGCUCAUGGCCGCAAAUGUGAAAGGAAACACCAAGAAGUUGGUUGUAGGGGCCCUUUUCUUCGUAUCUUAUUGCGUGGGCUGCAUUGUUGGGCCGCAGCUGUGGCAAGAACCCGAUGUCCCUCGCUACACUAAAGGCUGCAUCGCCAGCGUCGUCAGCUGGUGCCUCCUUGACUGUUCCUUCACUCUGUUCUAUGUCACGGGGCAGAGGAGCAACGAAAAGCGCGAAGCCGCUUCGCACCAGGCUCUUGGUGGAGUUGCAACUGAAGGUUUAGUGAUUGCAAUCGAUGAGGAUAGCACAGAGCGCCAGGGCAAACUCUUCAGAUACUCACUUUAA